CGCGCCGCGCAUGCGUUCCUCUCAAAAGCUUCGCGCGCGCGCGCCUCAGGCCACGCCCUACGUACGAGCGUGGCGACGCCCCCCCACUUCCGGUGCAGCCGUCCCCGCCGCCGCCAUGUUCCUGCAGUGCUACUGCGAUGAGCGCGGGCAGCGCGUGUACACGUUAAAGCCCCCCCCCCCCGUUCCCGGAUGGCGGCGGUGCGCUUCGUGGUCACGCCCAGCCGCGGGGCCGACGCGUCGGAGUCCAGCCCGGAGCCGCCGUCCGCCUCCAGCUCCCGCCCGCCGCCGUCGGACAGCUCCCCGAGCCCCAGCGAGACGUCGGCGCCGCCGCGCGGUGAGCGCCAUCUUGGCGGCGGGGGGUAUAUAUAGAGGUGGGGGGGGGGCGUGGCCUCGCUCACCGCUCCCCUCAGGCCCCGCCCCCCCGCGGCCGAGCCCCGCCCCUCCCGCCGGCCCCGCCCCCUGUGACCGCAACCUGGCGCUCUUCGAGGAUGAGCUGGCCACCCGCCCCCGCGUGCCCGCCCUGCUGCGCCGCAUCGCGUACAGCAGCCUCAGCCCCGGCAGCGAGGACGGGCAGCCCCCGGUGAGGGCGUCUGGGGGGCGGGGGGGUCCUCGGGUGCCCCCAGUGCAGGGUCUCGAGGGCGCGGGGGGGGUCCGGGGGGUCCCCAGAUGUCCCCGAGGGGUUCCCCGAGCGAUGGGUGAGGAUCCAGGGGACGGCGAUGGGGGAUGCAGGGGAUAAGGGGGGUCUGCGGGGUCCCCAGGGGGGUCCCCAGGUGUCCCCGAGGUGUUCUCUGAGGGGUCCCAAAGGGCUCUGGGUGACGGGGGAUGGUCACGAAGCGGCUACGAGGGUCCCCAAAGAUCCGGAGGGGUUCCAAAGUGAUUGGGCGAGGGGAGGGGGGGUCACCCAGUGUUCCCGGUUGUCCUCCAAUGGGUCCCCAGGGGUCGUGGGGGGGGUCCCCAGGCGGGAGGAGGAAACCGGGGCACAACAGGUUCCCCCCCCGUGGGGACACCGGGCCUCCCCCUGACGCGCUGCCGGCAGCGCCGGGCGCUGGGGACGCUGCGGGGGGUGGCAGCCCCCUCCCUGCAGACGCUGCUGGGGCUGCUGCUGGUGCUGCGGCUGCCCUGGGUGGUGGGCGCCGGGGGGGUGCUGCAGGCCUGCGUCGUCGGGGUGCUGCUGGGAGCCU